GCACUGGCCUUCCACACCGUUCUGUCACUAACCCAUACUACCCCUCGCAUUGACCAUGUCCUCAGACGAACCCCGCUUAGUCGACUCAUUCACGGCACCGAAAGAAGUGCUUCAGGAGUUUGCAGAACUCGCAGAAGAGGAAGACUUCGACCCGUUUGCCGAGACCGCGUCAAAGCGACAGAUCGCCGCUCGCCAGUCCGACUACCACAACCGCAGGUUCAGCCGCGUAGCGAACGAGAGCGCAGAUGCAUUCAAAGCUGCAGACGAGGGACAGGAUGUUGAGGGCGGCUACAAGGAUGCUAUGAGGUUGCAGAUGUUGGAACGGGAGGAACAAAGAGUCAGACGAGCAAUUGAGGAGAAAGAGAGACAAGCGAGGGAAGAGGGGAAGGAGAAGAUGGACCUGGACAGGACACCACCGCGCGAGGAACUCAUGGAAGCUGCCCAGGAGCUCGCUCAGUCUUCCGGCGCCAAGCGCAAGCGUCGAUGGGACGUGAGCGAACCGUCCGACGAGAAUGCCGACGUCAAGAUGGAAGACAAGGGUGAGUGGUCCAAGGAGGCGUUGGAGCAGGCUACCCCCAAAAAGCGUCGCUCUCGCUGGGACGCUACCCCCGCAGAUGUUACCAACGUUGGCGAGACACCGAAACGUUCCCGCUGGGACCAAGCACCUGCCGCACAGCCUGAGCCGGCCAUGACUCCCAUUAUCAUGAACGCCCCCGGUGUCAUGCACGACGACAAGCACAACAGGUACCUUACCGAUGAGGAGCUUGAUGCCAUCCUUCCUUCGCAGGGCUACCAGAUCGUCACUCCACCACCGGGCUACGCUCCUGUCGUUCGACCCCCGAAGUUUGCGAAUCCAGUCACUGAGGUCGGUGGAUUCCACAUACAAGAGGGCUCCGACGCAGCCGCAGCCGCAGCCGCCGCAGGCCUCGCUCCUGAGCUUCCCACUGAGAUCCCUGGCGUUGGCAGCCUUGCAUUCUUCAAAGCCGAAGAUGCGCAAUACUUCGCCAAGAUUCUCAAGGAGGAGGACGAGACGGAGCUUUCGGUGGAGGAGAUGAAGGAGCGCAAGAUCAUGCGUCUCCUGCUCAAAAUCAAGAACGGUACGCCUCCCGUUCGGAAAACCGCUCUGAGACAGAUUACCGACAAAGCCCGUGAAUUCGGUGCUGGUCCUUUGUUCGACAAGAUUCUGCCUCUGCUCAUGGAGCGUACGCUGGAAGACCAAGAGCGCCACUUGCUCGUCAAGGUCAUCGACCGUGUCCUCUACAAGCUCGAUGACCUCGUCCGCCCUUACGUGCACAAGAUCCUCGUCGUCAUAGAACCCUUGCUCAUCGACGAAGACUACUAUGCUCGGGUUGAGGGUCGUGAGAUUAUCUCGAAUUUGUCGAAGGCUGCCGGCCUUGCCCACAUGAUCUCUACCAUGCGACCGGAUAUCGACCACGCCGACGAGUACGUCCGUAACACCACCGCCCGUGCCUUCUCUGUCGUGGCAUCCGCUCUUGGUAUCCCCUCGUUACUGCCGUUCUUGAAAGCAGUUUGCCGCAGCAAGAAGUCGUGGCAGGCUCGUCACACCGGCAUCCGUAUCGUCCAGCAGAUCGCUAUCAUGAUGGGCUGUGCCGUCCUUCCCCACCUCCGCAAUCUUGUUGACUGUAUUGCCCAUGGCUUACAGGACGAGCAGCAGAAGGUCCGCACGAUGACCGCUCUUGCGCUUGCGGCCCUCGCCGAGGCCGCUGCUCCGUACGGCAUCGAAUCGUUCGACAACGUCCUCAAGCCACUUUGGGUCGGUAUUCGUCUCCAUCGCGGCAAGAGUUUGGCGGCGUUCCUUAAAGCCAUCGGUUUUAUUCUUCCGCUCAUGGAUCCCGAGUACGUAUCGUACUACAUCAAGGAAGUCACCAUCAUUCUCAUUCGAGAGUUCCAAACCUCGGACGAAGAGAUGAAGAAGAUCGUUCUGAAGGUCGUUCAGCAGUGUGCUGCGACUGAAGGUGUCACUCCGCAGUAUAUCAAGCAGGACAUUCUUCCCGACUUCUUCAAAGCGUUCUGGGUCCGGCGUAUGGCCCUCGACCGUAGGAACUAUCGUCAGGUCGUUGAGACCACCGUCGAGCUUGCGCAGAAGUCCGGUGUCGCCGAGAUCGUUGGACGCAUUGUCAACGACCUCAAGGACGAAGCGGAGCCGUAUCGGAAGAUGGUCAUGGAAACUAUCACCAAGGUUGUUGCGUCUCUCGGCGCGUCCGACGUCGACGAGCGACUCGAGGUCCGCUUAGUCGACGGUAUCAUUUACGCCUUCCAGGAGCAGACAACCGAGGAUCAGGUCAUGCUCGACGGCUUCGGAACUGUUGUAAACGCUCUUGGCAUCCGCGUGAAGCCGUACCUCACCCAGAUUGUCUCGACUAUCCUUUGGCGAUUGAACAACAAGAGCGCUAAAGUCCGUCAGCAGGCAGCCGACCUCACUACUCGCCUCGCUGUCGUUAUUAAGCAGUGCGGUGAGGACCAGCUGCUAAACAAGCUCGGCCUUGUUCUAUUCGAACAGCUCGGUGAGGAGUACCCUGAUACUCUCGGCAGUAUUAUCGCCGCCGAGGGAGCGAUCGCCAACGUCGUCGGUAUGACGCAGAUGAACCCUCCAAUCAAGGAUCUCUUGCCCCGCCUGACGCCUAUUCUCCGUAACCGUCACGAGAAAGUCCAGGAAGCAACAAUCAACUUGAUUGGUCGUAUCGCCGAUCGUGGUGCUGAGUAUGUACCCGCUCGCGAAUGGAUGCGUAUCUGUUUCGAGCUGCUCGAUUUGCUCAAGGCGCACAAGAAAGGUAUUCGCCGUGCGGCUGUUAACUCUUUCGGUUACAUUGCCAAGAGCUUGGGUCCUCAGGAUGUGCUGCAGGUUCUACUCACCAACCUGCGCGUGCAAGAGCGUCAAAGUCGUGUCUGCAGCACUGUCGCCAUUGCCAUCGUCGCCGAGACUUGCGGUCCCUUCACCUGUCUCCCCGCCAUCCUGAACGAGUACCGCACAGCUGAGCUCAACGUUCGCACGGGAUGUUUGAAGGCGCUUACAUUCGUCUUCGAAUACGUGGGCCCGCAGUCCGCCUACUACGUCGACUCGGUCGUCACCAUGCUCGAGGAUGCGCUUACGGACCGCGACCUCGUCCACCGGCAGACCGCUAGUGUUAUCGUCAAGCACCUUGCUCUUGGCGUUGCUGGCCUCGGCUGCGAGGACUCGAUGAUGCAUCUCAUGAACCUCGUGUGGCCAAAUUGUUUCGAGACUUCACCGCAUGUUAUCGGUGCGGUCAUGGAGGCGGUCGAAGCGAUGCGCGUCACGCUUGGACCAGGGGUGCUGCUGAGCUACACGCUACAGGGUCUCUUCCAUCCCGCGCGGAAAGUCCGAGAGGUCUAUUGGCGUGUUUACAACUCAUUGUACCUCGGCGCGGCAGAUGCCCUCGUACCGUUUUAUCCCGACCUCGGCGAGCUGAGCGAGGGUCAGAACGUUUAUGACCGCCACCCACUGCAGAUGUUCAUCUGAGCGUAGCUUCUGUUGUAUCUCCGCAGCUUUAUCCAUUUCCUGUCUCUCAGGUAGCGUAUGUAUAGUAGCCAAUGCUUUUCUCGCAUCCAAAUGCAUGGGUAUCGUACAAACUGGACCAUCUACUACAUGAAGGUUCGCGAGAAUGCGAGAGCCAGAAUGAUUCAGCAGGGCGGCCUGCAAGAGAUAGGUUUGUUAGCUCAGAGUUCUCAGAGCAAGUGAGACAGGUGGCAAGUCAGGAUCCUCGAAGCGUAUAAUAGAGGAUCAGGGAAUUUGUCGUCUGAGCAAUCCGACUGGUGCACAGCAAGAAAUUCAUCAUUAUAAGCGCAAGAAGAUCGUCGUGCUCACCAUGACCGUACACCUUUCGCCGUGUUCGACGCGUCGUCGCUGUACGAAGUAGAUGAGCCG